GUCUCACCAUCAUCAUCCACUGAUUCACAAUCUCAAAAUUCACUACGAAGUAGAAGAAGAAGAAGAUGCGAUCUUCGUUUAUAGUCUCGAAUCCUCCGUUUCUUCCUUCUCUAAUCCCUCGUUACAGUUCCAGAAGCUCCUUCAGACGCAGCAGAGAACGACGCUUCUCCUCCUUCGCUGAUUCUCUUCGUGUUUCUCUUCAUGGAAUCGGAAGAAACAUCGAGGUCGUCGCUCAAGGAGUUCAAUUCGAUGGUCCGAUUAUGAGUAGAGAUGAUGCUUUAGAGGUGAAUUUGGAUGAUGAUUUAAUGGUUCAAGUGUGUGUGACUCGUACCUUGUCUCCAGCUUUGACUCUUGAGCUUGGACUCGAGAGUCUCAAAGAAGCUGUGGACGAAUUGAAGACUAAUCCUCCUAAGUCAUCUUGUGGCGUCUUGCGAUUUCAAGUGGCUGUGCCUCCAAGGGCAAAAGCUUUGUUCUGGUUUUGCUCUCAACCAACAUCUUCCAGUGUGUUUCCUGUUUUUUUCCUCUCCAAGGAAACCGUGGAGCCUUCUUAUAAAUCACUCUAUGUUAAAGAACCUCAUGGGGUUUUUGGGAUUGGGAAUGCAUUCUCUUUCGUUCAUCCAUCGUCAAUCGACUCCAAGGGACAUAGGAAAACAUUCCUCUCAGAUGAAUCAGCUAUGGUGACGGCCUAUGGAUUUCUAGAUAUUGAUUUCAACGAGCACUCUACUGUAAAUAGCAAGGAUGGCUCUUCUUACUUUUUCGUUCCUCAGAUUGAGUUAGAUGAGCGUGAGGAGAUCUCUAUAUUAGCAGUUACACUGGCAUGGAAUGAUUCUCUCUCUUACAGUUUCGAGCAAACGAUUUGUUCAUAUGAGAAAUCCUUUUUUCAGGUUUCUUGUCAUCUCUGCCCAAAUUUAGAGGAGCAUUGGUUCAAACAUUUAAAAAGUUCUAUUGCAAAGUUUAGUGCAAAAGAGAUACAUCCA